GUUGGAUUUUUCCCCAGUGAAUGUGUGGAACUCAUUGGAGACAAGGUUCCAGCCUCGAUGACAUCCUGCUGUCCAGAACCUCUGGCCACGGCGGCGGCAUCUCGGAAACCCUGUGAGAACCCGGUGGAGCAGCCAUCCAUCCCCACGACCACCACACCAACCAUCACACCAACAACCACACCCUCAUCAUCCACACCGUCACCCUCACCAUCACGGUCCUCUACUUCAACAACGGCUAGUUCCGUUGGGACAUUUUCGCUGUCGUCCUCAUCGUUGUCCUAUCCCGACUCAUCGCCGACCAGUCAGUUGUUUGUAUAUUUUUCUGUUUGCUAGUGUGCCUGCCUCACCUGGGUUUGUUUUUUUUUUUUGCUGCCGUUGUGCAUGUCGGCGACCAUUACCGCCCUGUCAGCAUGCCGCUCACUUGGUUUCAGCACAGGACUCUUCGUAGCCUCACUCUUAUUUUCAGUUGGCAGGGACCUUUUAAUUUGUUUCAACACAUUCAGUUAGGAUAAUGAUGAUCAGGCCAGAACUUAUUCUGGUCAUGGUCAACUCCUUUGAGAGCUGCUCAGUCAUUCUUUAGAAAUGGUUAUGUGAUUCCAAUGGUUCUAUAAUUGUCUUCUUGACCAAGGGUGUUUCAUCUAAGGAGAAUGAGCCCAACUUUUCAAAGUUUAGAAUCAUUUCUUGUUUUAUCACAAAAUGUGUUGAUCUUCUGUGGGAUUGUUUGGUUUUCUGGUCCAUUUGGAAACUUCCAAAACGAAUGUUUUCUCUUGCCAGACAUCAUUGAUCUGGUAACUGAAUCUCUUUAAGUUUUAUAGUUGGGGGUUUACCCUUUGCCAUUUUAUUGGACUGUUUCUUUCUAUGUCAGCCUUCGUGUCACCAUAUCUAUACAUAGAUCUAUUUAUCAUUCAGUUGCUUUCAAGUUGUUGUUUUUUCAUCAAUUCUAAUGAGUUGAGUUUUACAAAUGCCCCAUACAGGACCGGUGUUAAAUAAUGGCAUGUUUAUAGCAAAACUUGAAAUCUUCGUGCUGCAGUGAUGUGUCUGACCUUUAAGGAUAGAAUUGUUAUGGAGUCCCAGCCCUAGAUUGAGACUCUGUGGAAACAACAAAUAGACAUGUGGAUCUUAUAGGGGGAUUAUGUUGAUGUGCAUUUCUGAGCGGUUCUGUGCCCCACAGUUUCAGCAGUAAGCUGUAGAGUGGCAUUGAUUGGCAGAAUUGUGACUAUUUUAACCUGCAUUUCUGAGAGCUUGUGUGCCCCACAGUUUCAGCAGUAAGCUGUAGAGUGGCAUUGAUUGACAGAAUUGUGCCUAUGUAACCUGCAUCACUUAGAACUGAUAAUCUCCCUUGAUUCCGGAGUGGCCUUGCUUUGCUGUGUAUUUGGUUGAGCUUUUGUUUGCACACUUACUAGUUGUUGUUACUGUUAAUAUUAAUCUACACCAUUUCCUCAUCUUUAGUUAACUUCUCACCUGUCUACACACACAUACAAACAUCACCAAGUUUAUCUUUGUCAUUAUAUGUGUCCUUAAAUGGAUUUCACUUCAGUAUUAAAAAAAAAUUACAAUUACUUCCAUUACCAUUUAUCAAUAUGAGAACCCUCUUUGGUGUCUUGUACAUCUCAAUGGGCAGUGCUUGCUACAUAACUUAAAUAUAUCUACCUAUAUAAAUAUUAAUACAUCAUAUUCACAUAUUCAGUAUUUAUUUCUUGAUCAUUUAAACUCCUUUGUUAAAUUCAACAUCAUAUGAAUGUACGGUAUCCCAAAUAUAUAUCCACCAUCAUUUUACAAGUCUCUAGCACAUAUUAUUAUCUUAGUCAUUAUCUUCAUCAUUACUUACCUAAUUACUAACCAGUGGGUCUGUCGUGGGCAGGUGUUAGCCAGUGUUAGAUCUAACCCUAGGCAUGGUAACUCACACACAGUAACAUCUGCUUAGUUAUUGCCAUGUGUGCACUGGCGAACAGGAGCGGUAGAAAAUAUUCACUUCAGUCAGUAACAAAAAAUAAGGCCAGGUUUAAAAAUAAGGAUUUCAGUCACAUGCUGGGAAGGGUUGCCCUUAUGGAAAAGAAACAAAAAGUCAAUUGGUCAAAGUCGCUUACUAAUUUUGUAAUGGCAGCGAUUGGUCCAUCCAAACAAACAAAAAAAACAACUUACAAUCUGUUGUUUCUUAGUUUUUAAAUGUAAUCAAAGUGAGUGUAAGAGAUGAUUUCAUGAGAAGAUCACAGUAGAAAACACCAAGUGGCUUACCCUUGCCUUGUAGAUCUGAAUAACCUUAGUUUCGAACACAGUAACUGCUGAGAUUUUUGUAUGAGUUUUCAAUGGCUGUAUUGACUAAUAGAUUUAAAUAUCAACUUUAGGGAAGGCUAAGUUAAACUGACUACUUGCUUAGAACUAAUCAAAGGUUACUAGAUGUAAUUAUUUCAUAACAUUAGUUCAUAAUAUCAGUUUCCAUGCUUCCAUGGCUCAAUAAUAAUGGCUCAAACUAUUUCACUCACCACAAUUUUUUUUAAAACCCAUGUAAAUUCCUGUUACAAACAAUAUUUAUUUUUUCUCCCUUCAAAAUCUAUCAAGCAUUUAUUGGAGGGUGUCUACAAAUCUUUAAACUAAGAAAAAUGGUUUCUAUAGGAAAUUUAUGAUAAGCUGUUGGGAUACUAUAAUCGAGCACACUGGAUUUUUCUCCCCAGCUUUGAUGGAAGACAUGAAUGAUAGCAACAGUGGUAAAUAAACUAGGGGUGAAGUGAUUUCUAGAUGAACUUAGAGGGAGUGUUCAUUAUUUUAGUUGGUUUUAUCAUUUGAUGUUAUCUUGCUUGCAUAAGUAAUUUAUAUUAUUUUUACUUAAUAAAAAAAAUAUUUUCUUUGAAAAUUGAUAUUUUCAAAGAAAUUUUUAAAAAAUUAAACCAAUCUUAACAUUAAUAAAUGAUAAUAAUAAUAAUUAUUGUUUUCUUAAAGAAGUACAUAGCUCCACUUGAAGUGUGUAACUUAUUUCCUCUUUAAUUUCAUCCAAAACAACUCUUAUGUUGAAUACUUUUUUUUUUAAAGUUGUAAAUGUUUUUUUUCUAAUUGGUAACACAUUUUAUCCUCAGUAGAUAAUACAAUGGCUGCAAAGUUUCCUUUUUAUUUGAACUGUGGGCAAUUUUAUGUUUUGCUGGUUUUCAGUGUUAAUUCACUUUUGGUGAAAAUGAAUAUUUGAAUAAGUCUGGGAACUUAAAGUUAACUUAUAAUUUUGUAAAGGAAUAAUUAAAGUGGUCUUAAACUAAUUUAUAUCCACUGAAAGAGAUGCAAUAUUUUUUGUAAUUUUCUUAUUACAGAUGCAAAGGAAACAGCUAAAUAAAAUUCUUUGUACAUGUUACGGUACCAAUACAGUUCUUUCCAGCACAAGCCAAAAAUUAAAUUCUGAACGUUCACCAUUAAAAAAAUGUUUAACUUUGACCAUAUUCCAGAGAUGUCGAAUUGAUGAUUGUGCAUAGUUUUCAACCAAAUGAUUUUAUUUCUUUAGUGAUCAGAAAACAUGGGAAACUGCUGUCUUUUCUCCGCACAUUUUUCUCACACCGCCCACCUCGCAACCAACUCAAACAGUCGGGGAUUGUCAAGGAGAGGGUAUUUGGCUGUGACCUUGGCGAACAUUUAUUGAAUUCAGGACACGAUGGUAACUUUUUACUGAAGUGUUUUAGAGGAUUUGGUUCACUCUGGAACUGGCAGAACAUUUGAGAACAUUCAAGUAUCAGAAUAUUUGAAAAAUAAUAUGUUUAUAUAUAUUUAUUAAUAUUGUUAAUUUCAAGUUACCAUUGAAAUUUUAAGAUUCAAGUCAAGUUAAUUUGUCUUUUAGUGUUUGAUGUAUGACUAAUAUCUUGUUUGUCUUGGUGUCAUCCCCACAGUGCCAUUGCUUUUGAAAAGCUGUACUGACAUAAUAGAAGAGUUUGGUAUAGUCCACGGUAUCUACCGGCUGUCUGGCAUCACUUCAAAUAUACAGAAGCUCAGGUUGGUUCCCGCCCACCCUAUGACUAUUUCAGACAGGGCUCUAAUCAGCCUGAUGCCUUAAAGUUCCUGCCCACCCUACGACUAUUUCAGACAGGGCUCUAAGCAGUCUGAUGCCUUAAAGUUCCUGCCCACCCUACGACUAUUUCAGACAGGGCUCUAAUCAGUCUGAUGCCUUAAAGUUCCUGCCCACCCUAUGACUAUUUCAUGCAGGGCUCUAAGCAGUCUGAUGCCUUAAAGUUCCUGCCCACCCUACGACUAUUUCAGACAGGGCUCUAAUCAGCCUGAUGCCUUAAAGUUCCUGCCCACCCCACGACUAUUUCAGACAGGGCUCUAAUCAGCCUGAUGCCUUAAAGAUGCAAAGCAGGGCUAAUACCCCCUCGAGAAAAAAAUUUAAACCGAUUUUAAGACAACUUACAAAUUAUCAUUAAUAUGGUCCUAUAGGAAAUAAUUAACCCUUUACAGGGCAGAGGUACUUCCUGUUGCUAGUCCUGAACGGACACCAUUUCUCCGGUUUUUUAGUAAGAUUUAGGGUUAUGUUAUUAAAAAAAUCAAAUCUAAGGUGUUAGUCAACAAAUUUGUGUGAAAUAAAAGGCAAAAUAAAAGAAAAUGAAUGCAGAUUUAUAAUUUUACUCACAUGUUGCCAUUAAUCCUCAUAUGAACACAAAUAUUUGCAAAAAACAAAUAUUAUAUGUGAUUGUGAGUCAUCUAUUUGCUAUUUACAAACACUGCCACAAAAUCGAAGUUUGUAAAAUUCAACACUGCUUACUACCCAGAUUUCACUAAUAUUACUAAUAAUAUUAAUAUCUAGUUCCAAUUUACAGUCAAUUCGUGCACUUCAAGGUCACUUAAAUUGAAUCCAGCUAAAUCUCCGCUAUCACUUGAAUGAUCGGCACAUAAUCGGCAAAAUCCAUUUCGAAAAAAAAAAAUUUUAAACCCCUAAAACUACAAAAAAAAUAUAUUAAAUACUUUUAACUGGGGCCCACUCUAUCCAGCUAUCGGAAAAACCGGAUGUAAACAAUAGGAAGUCUCGCAAAGACUCGGAGGUCACGAGUUUACAACUCUAUGUCGUCAUGGACGCUUUUGGAUGUUUUGCCCGUUCAGUACUAAAGACGUUUUUGACCUUUUUGCCCGGUAAAGGGUUAAAGUGGACCUAUAGGAAAUAAUUAAAUUGGACCUGCAGGAAAUAUUUGAAUUGAACUUAAGGAACAACUUAGCUAAAAGAUCUAGAUACUCAACUUAUAGAGGAGUUAAAAAUCAAACAACAUUGAAACGGCUGCCGCUGUUGGCAAUUUCUUAGUUAAUGUUUUUGGGCCAAUCCCAGGUUUCCUUAAUUUAAGAGCUUCUCGUAUCCUCAGGCUGGCAUUUGAUGAGGACCGUGUCCCAGAUUUGACAGAAGACUGUUACCUUCAGGAUAUUCACAGCAUUAGUUCCCUUCUCAAGAUGUACUUCAGAGAGUUGCCCAACCCACUUCUCACCUACCAGCUGUAUGACAAGUUUGCUGUAAGUCGUUCUUUAUUAGUCGUCUAUUCUAAAAAAGUGCAAUGAGUUUGAUUGGCUGAAGGUAACCCAGUCACGGACACCACUAACCUUGGUUAUACUCAGUUGUUUUAAACAAAACAAAAAAAACACUUGACAUAACGAGCAUUGUAACUUAUAAAUACACAUAUAAGAGGUUUAAAAAAUUUUAAAAAAAUUUAAUUUAAAUGUAUUAAAAAAAGUUUUUAUUUAAGCUAAAUUAUUUUAUCAAAUAUAAAAUGAAAUAAACAUGGCUGACUCCAUAAAUGUUGAAUUACUAAAUAACAAGGAAAUGGUCGUUGAUAAACACCAGGAUUUAGAGAGUGUAGAAAAUACCAGGAUUUAGAGAGUGUAGAAAACACCAGGAUUUAGAGAGUGUAGAAGGUACCAGGAUUUAUAGAGUGUAGAAAACAUGAUUUAACAACAGUCUAUCUGAUUUUUAAAAAGGUUUGUUCAAAUCUUAUUUCAGGAUGCUGUAAGAGAUGAGGAUAAUAAGCUAUUGAAAAUCCAUGAUGUAGUGCAGCAGUUGCCUCCCCCUCACUACCGAACCACAGAAUACUUGAUGAGACAUCUUGCCAGAGUGGCUGCCUAUGGCCAUGAGACAGAAAUGCAUUCCAAAAACCUGGCCAUUGUGUGGGCUCCUAAUCUGCUCAGGUACAGCAUAAUUGGGCCAUGGGGCCAAGCUGGGAGAAGAAAAAAAAAACUAGAUUUCUUUUUAAAUUUAAAGACUUUAAAUUGUCCCCUUCAAUAUAAUUGCUGAAAAAUAGAACACAACAAAAAAAAAUAUAAAAAAAUGUCCACAUUCAGAAAAGUUUUAGAAACUUAAAAGGUUUUUGUCCAGGUCUUUGGAUCAAGUUUUUUUAUGCAACCCUUAACUAAAAAUCAAAUCAGUCCACUGCAUGAUUCAUUAGUUAUAAGGAGAUGGGACAUGAAUCUUAUAACAUAAAUGAUUGAAAUAACUAAACAUUAUUGAAUGCUAAAUUGAGUGAAUGGUGAAAGACAUCGUGUGAUAAACAGGCUAAAAACAGGGUUGAAUUUCUUUAUGUUUUAGGAACAGUUGAAUAUAAAACAGAUUUAUUAUUCACAUUAAAUUUUCCUAAGAUCUCUUCCCUUGGAUUGAAUCUAACUUCCCCUGUUCACCAUCUCAAGGCAUUUAAAUUAGAGAUCACAAUGUUCAUGAUUACAACUAUAAUCAUAUUUAAUCAUAUUGACCUGCAGGUCCAAAGAGCUGGAGGCUGGCGGAGGGGCUGCGGCCUUGCAGGGUGUUGGCAUACAGGCUGUCGUCACAGAGUGUCUCAUCUGUUACUGUGACAUUAUCUUCAGUGACAAGAUGCCCAACUACAGCAACACGGAUAAUGGAAGUAAGUGCUGGCUUACGGCGUUUAGCCUAACAUGGGUACAUAUUUGAUACUGUCACAAUUAUAUUUACCUUUCAGUGAUGUGUUUCUUGUGUGUUCAACAUUUACCUGUGAAGGGCAGGUCUGUCAGUUCCAUGUAGUUCAAUUUGAACAUUCCUUGACUGACUUGAAGGUUACUAACAAAUGUCUAGCAACCAAUGGGUUUUAUAAUGUCAGUGUCUCAUCAUUGAUCUGUUCUGUUUAAAUUCCUCAGAGGGACAGAAGAAGCCCAGGCCUAAAUCCCUGGCCAUUUCCACCCCCACACGGCUGCUGUCCCUGGAGGAGGCCCGGGAGAGGGCUUUUAUUGGCCAUCUGGCACCGAAGAAGUUCAUUGAUGUUGGAGGUGGCCCCAAAAACCUGCCAUCCAAAUACCACACGGUGAUAGACCUACCAGGGUACAAG